AUGACCAACUCAAUAGUAGAAAAAAUAAAUGGACAACAGCAGCAAAAUAUUGUGAUACCAUGUUACGCACUGUCAACACCUUCACCGCCACCUGAGCCAGAGCAACUGAAGCCUCAAAAGUUUUACUACACAGACAAUCGGCCUCCUACGCCAGAGCCUACUCCACCAAUACCACUUAGCUCUAAUAAACUCACUACGUUUAGCACUUCACAAUUAAUUUCACGAAUACGAAAUACCAAAGGCUACAUCACACUAUUACAAAAGCUAUUAAAAGAUCUCGAUGGUCGAGAUAAACUUAUGAAGAUUAUCCAAUAUUUCAUAAAAAUUCUCCUUCAUUACCAACUGAUUCGAACCGGUAAAAAGGAAUGGCCUAGCACAUUAGCCAGCCAUUUUUCGCUUGUACGUAAAAUCCUUCGCUUGGGCACAGGCAUUGGGCCACUGAAACAACUUUUAACAGCAGAUAUCACUAGCGCUAUGAUAAACAAGAAAACGUCAGCAGUCAAUAUUGCUAUUCACAUAAACGAGUUGGUUAACAAUGUAUCAGAUGAUAUUUAUUGCCUUUACAAAAUGGGAAUUGUAGGCUCUUAUUUAGGGGCUAAAACAGAAGUUGUUUCGGCUUAUUGCUGGUUUAUGGGCAUCUUGAUCGAUUUAAGGGAGAAUAUAACGAACUUCAUCCAAUUGAGACAAAAGAUACUCGUGAAACAAGACAAUUCAACAGAAAAUGAUUAUAAAAAACUAUAUUUACUACAGGUAUCUAUUGUCAAAUUAUUGAUGGAUGGUAUAUUUUGUGGUUGUGAUAUCUGGAAGCCAAAAUAUUCAGCAGGAAUGCAAGUCUGGGCAGGCUUCUUUAGUGGUGCUUUAUCCGGUUAUAAGUUGUGUAUCAAAUUUUCAGCAUAG